GCCUAUCGAUCUAUCGGUUUUUGACAGCUUACCGCUCAAAAUAUGAUAAAUAGACGAGUUGUAAAAUGACCUCCAGUGAAACGCAGACUGAGGGUAGGCGUAGGCGGGUAACCCUUCCUCCGUCGGCAUCAGAUAAUAGUUCACCAUCCAAAAAAAACAGCGAGGAGCCCAAAAGAAUUUCGCACUCAGAGUUCCAGAAAAGAGUUACAUCGGAUAAAAGCAAUGAGCCGGUCCUCAGCUGCCAAUUUGAAGUGUUUGGGAUUGUACAAGGCGUUUCUUUUCGAAUGUACACCUUGCGAAGAGCUCAGAAGCUGGGAGUCCGGGGUUGGUGCAAGAACACUAACGAGAAUACGGUGAAGGGCGAAAUUCAAGCACACCGACAUUCCUUUGAGUCCAUGCGCCUCUGGCUAAAGCACACCGGCAGCCCUACCAGUCGAAUCGACAAAUGCGUUUUCAGUGAGACUACUGAACUUGCAGAAUACACAUACACCAACUUCUCCAUAGUGGUGGAUUAGUUUUCCUUUAUAAGCUCAAGUUCGUUAAAAGCGAACUGGAGGUGUAUUUUUCUUAUGCUGUUUGGAAAAUAUCUGGAUAUGUGUUAAAAAUUGUUCUAUUGUUAUAAAACUAAAUCUAACUAAAAUGCAAUGCGGUGGAAGUAUUUUUUUUAA